UGCUAAGUAGGUGAGUGCCUUUGGUUUUCUCUUAACAGGAAAUUGGAAAAGGAGGCCUACCAAGAUGCCGGAGGGUGGUGGUAUAUCGGAUGGUGUCGGAAGGAUCCUGACCAUCAAGGACCUCAUCGCAGCCCUAGAUCGAUAUGAGAAGACCCCGAGUAAUGUUCCGAAGGUUGAGACCUUCCUCUUUGAUGGGGAAAGGGUCUCAGACUGGCUAGACCUGGUAGAGCACGCAAUGGUGGGAUUGUCAGAUGAGGUGAAAUUCCAGCGUAUUAUGAGGUACGUGCUCCAUAGGCACCAUCAGGAGGUGCAGAAGGUUGUGGAUGCCGCCCAUGGCAGUUGGGAAAGAUUCGGGGAGAGCAUGCUGCGCAAAUAUCGGCUGGGUGAUGGACUGCUUACCAUCUCGGAUCUUGAGGGAAUGAACAAGGAUGACUUUACCACGAUAGGGGCCUUCGUACAAGAGUUUAAGAAGAAGGCAAGGAAAGUUCAUGGGAUCUCUGAGGAGAGGCAAUGCGCUAUAUUUCUGGGACUGCUUACUGGGUCAGAGGCAGCCGAACUGACAAGUCAUGGAGGAGGCAGCGCAAAGCUUACCUGGGCCACCAUCGACAGAGGAGUGGAGGAUGGGAGUUUAGAUCAGGUAGAGCAGCAUCAGAUGCGCCUGCAAAGGAGGAAGAGAAAGGAAAGGGACGCUACUGCAUCAGGGAUCCCGGGGGUAAAAAGGAUCGUCACUGAUGUGCUUGCGGCAUUAGGCUAUGGCCAGGAUGCCGAGGCACAGAGAAAGGCGGUAGCCGGGGUCCAAGGCCAAGAGAGAGAGGUGGGGGAUGAAGGCGCCGGGCAAGAGGAUUACGGUGGGGAGGAAACGGGGAGAGGUGGAGCUUAUCUAUCGGCUUCCCUGAGGAAGAAAGGGGCCUGCAAUGGUGCAAGCGCAAACAACAAGCCGGCCUUUUUUAGGGGACGGCUCAAGCAGGGCACCCAAAGGAGGUACAAAACGGUAGAUAAGAAGUGUCGCCCUGUUCCCGUGCUCGUUACGGAAGAUGAAGAGGCCUAUUACGAGCGGGAGCGAGGAUUAAUACUGCGAAUGCAAGAGCAGGCAUUGAGGGAUCCAUGCCGUAUCAAUGAUGGAAAUGAAGGAGAGUUAAUAGUCGGGGAGCUAGGUUUUCUCUCGCCUCAGGAAAGGAUGCUGAUGGUGCAACUGAUAAAGAAAAGGCAUCGCGCAUACGCCUUUAAUAACGACCAGCGUGGGAGGCUGGAUGUGGACAAGAUCCCGAUGAUCCGGAUCCACACAGUUCCCCACGAGCCUUGGAACUUGAGGGGUGCGCGAUACCCAAACCCUGAUGAGGAGAAGAUGAUGGUGGAUUAUCUGGAUGGCAAGAUGCACACGCAUGUUGCCGGCUACUCUAGUGGUCCGUAUGCUUCCCCUUGGUUCUGCUUUAUUAAGCCAAACAGGACGCUACGGUGGGUACAGGAUUUGCAGCGGCUGAACACAGUAACGGUGCGAGAUGCGGGAGGCUUGCCAAACGCAGAUGCACUGUCAGAGUCAUGCGCGGGGAGGCCUAUAAUUUCACUUAUAGACCUCUAUUCCGGGUAUGAUCAGUUUUCUGUAUAUCCGCCCGAUAGGCCGGUGACGGCAAUGCACACGCCAAGGGGGCUAAUCCACAUGAAUGUGGUUCCCCAGGUUUGGACGAAUGCGGUGGCAAUGGUGCAAAGACAUAUGAUCAGGGCCAUGCAAACAGUCAGUCCGCACAUCACUCAACCCUAUAUCUACGACUUGGCUGUCAAAGGGCCAAAGGAGAAAGAGGAGGAUGAGGUGCAGACCGGAGUGAGGCGCUUCGUUUGGAGGCAUAUCCAGGAUCUCGAUCGAGUCUUGGGCCUGCUAGAAGAACACAACCUCACUGCAAGUGGGCCAAAGUCCAAGCACUGCAUGAGGGAGGCCACCAUCCUAGGGUUUGUCUGCAACGAGAAGGGCCGGAAGCCAGAUGUGAAGAAGACAAACAAGAUCUUAGAAUGGCCGGUGCUUUUCCAGACCAUAACGGAUGUGAGAAACUUUCUUGACACUUGCGGAUUUUGGAGAAGCUUCGUGAAAGACUUCGCCGCCAAGACCGAGCAUCUAAGGAAGCUGGUGCGCCAGGACCAGGAGUGGGUUUGGGGGGAAGACCAGGAAGAAGCGGUAGCCAGGAUGAAGGGAGAGUUUAAGGAAGGAGGGUUGGUGCUAGGGGCGCCAAAUUAUGAAGGGAUUGAAGAAAAGCCGUUCAUCAUCGAGACAGACGCUGGCCCAACUGCAUUAGGAGGGGUUUUGAUCCAAGCGGAUGUCGAAAGAAAGGAAGGGCCGCUAAGAUUCGAAAGUCGCACUCUUAAUACGACUGAGAGGAAUUACUCUCAGUUCAAAAAGGAGAUGCUCGCGGUACUCCAUUGUCUAAGGGUCUCCCGGAAUUAUGUCUUCGGCAGGAGAUUUAUAUUGAGGGUAGACCCUACGGCGCUGACUUGCUCUUUAAAAAAUUAUACACCAUCUGACCCAACCGUCACUCGAUGGUUGACGUACAUUUGGAUGUUUAAUUUUGAGCCGGAAAGGAUUUCGGGGAACAAGAAUAGAGCUGACGGCCUGAGCCGCGUCAACUGGGACAGUGCAAAUCAGGGGUCGAUCGAAGACACCCCGCCAGUUGACGGGUUCCUGGAUCAAGAAGAAGAUGUGCGACUCCAUAUAAAUAAGUGGGCGCUGCGAGUACCUAGUUGUGUUAGCUAUCCCAUAUGGAUAGCACCAAAAGGGUAUGAGCGGAAGACCGACUUAGUCCUUAAGCCAUUUCAGGAAGAAGAUCAAUGGGGAGGCAAGGACGCGCAGUGGAUGAUGAAGUUGGCACUGACAGGGACACAUGGUUUGGUGGAAGAGGUGAGGACAAUAGAGGAAAGGCCUACUCAGGUAGAGGAACAUGAGCAGCUAAUGGGAGGGAUGUAUUUGCUCACUAAUACGCUCCUGCAAGGAGACUUUGACUGGAGAGGCUCGUUUAGUCAUGAGGAGGAUGAGCUCCUGAUUCCGGAAAGCCAGAAUGACGAGUUUGAAGAAGGGGAAAUUAAGGAGGCAUUCCGGGCAGAGGAAUAUGACGGGAUCUAUCUUGAGCUGGACUUACUUUUAUCCUGUGAGAUGAGGGACAGGGAUGCUAGCGACAAGGCGCAGAAGUUGAGGCACCUCUACGUGGUGAGAGAUGGGCAUUUGUUCAUAAAGCGGCAAGUUGGGAAUCCCAAGCGGAUUGUGUACGGGAGGAACCGACAGUUGGACAUCAUAGAGGCAUUACAUGAUGGUAUAGCAGGUGGGCACAGAGAGGCMAGRAARGAAGCCAACAARGRAAGCUUUGAGUUCAAGGCUCCCACUKAGCUGGCUUCACARCAGGAGGCCGCUACUUCGGCAGAUGYUCCUAAGGAGGUGCUGACCCAAGARCCCCAACCUGCAUCAGUAGGAGAGGGGGAGGCUGAGUUGUCACUGACAAUCCUUCUGGACGUACAGGAGGGGACACUCACUGGAGCGGUGGGAUCUCCACGGCCGGAGGCACAAGGGGAGGAGCCAUCGCGCUUGGACGAGUUGGUUGCUGCCAUGGAAGUGGAUAUGCCGCCAGAGAGGCCUCAGGGGCUGGAGGCCCCAGAGCAUGAGCCAAAGUUGGAAGAGUUGAGGGUACAGCUGGGCUCGUGGGCCACUGGGACCGAUUCGGGAGGACCGACUACUGAGCUGCGGCAGCAGGAGGCCACGAGCCAGCCUACUAGAGCCACUACUCCCCAGGCUCCGGGGUCCAGAGAGGGGGAGGAGGAAGCCAUAUUGGAGGUCACUUGCGAGGGCCGGCCACUGAGAUUGGAUACCCCUGAAUACCAACCCGAGGGAGAGAUGCAGCAAGGGGAGUCAAGCGAAUAUGGAAUCGAAGGAGAAGCGGAAGGACCAUGGCACCUGCCCCAGAGUCAUGGACUGAGUAAGGAGAAGGAUAAGGUGCCUCCGUCGCCAGGGACCCAGAAAAAGAAGAAGAGAUUUCAAAGGAAAUCUGGGGCUAUGUGUUUCUAUUUUCUGGACGGAGUGCAUAGGGCCGUGGACUGUCCUAAAUUUCUUAAGGACAAGGCUGAGGGGCGGGUUACUGAAGAAGGUGGCAAGAUGUAUGAUAGACAGGGCCGAGUGGUAGAGACACCUCCGGAUGGGGGUCGAGCCCAGUUGUAUAGGCAAAACCAGGAGGAGAUGAGUGAGUGAGAGGCUGGUUCGCCUAUACGCCAGUAGCAGUGAGGUGUUUUCUGUACAUAGAAAUAGUAAAGUAAAGGGCAUAGGGUAUC